AUGGCUACCACCCUUGAGAGAAAGGCUUACUCGCCUGAAGUCGGCGAGACCCAGACUCAGAAUGGCUUCACACCUGAAGAGGAGAAGCAGGUCUUGAGAAAGAUUGAUCGGGUCAUCUUACCAAUGAUGUGCUUUGUCUUUUUCCUUCAAUAUCUAGACAAGCAAUCACUCUCUUAUGCUGGCGUAUUCGGUCUCAUCACGGACCUAAACAUGUCCAGCAGUCAGUUCUCAUGGUGCAGCUCCAUCUUUUACGUCGGCCAAUUGGUCUCGGAGUAUCCCUUUAUCUAUCUUAUGUCUCGACUCCCUAUCAACAAAUUCGUGGGUACAACAGUUUGCAUCUGGGGAAUCGUCUGCAUGUGUCUCGCCGCACCUCAGAACUUUGCCGGUUUCGCCGCAGUCCGCUUCCUGCUCGGUUUCGCUGAAGGCGCCGUCUCCCCAUCCUUUAUCACCAUGACAGCAAUCUGGUAUCGCAAAUCGGAACAUAGUUCCCGAACUGCUCUUUGGGUUACCAUGAACGGCAUCGCGCAGGUCAUUGGCUGUCUUUUGAUGUAUGGCAUUGCGAAGAAUUCUUCGCUGUCGCUUCAGCCAUGGAGGACAUUGUUCCUGGUUUGUGGUGCUAUUACCUCCGUGGCUGGAGUUGCGUUUUAUUUAUUGAUUCCCAAUGGUCCCAAGGAUGCGUGGUUCUUUACUCCUCGUGAAAAGGAAGUCAUGGCCCUCCGCAUGGCGGCUGAUAGGGAAGGAGGCGACAAGACGAACUUCUCAAUGGCUCAACUCAGGGAAACACUCCUCGACCCCAAGGCGUGGUUCGUCUUUUGGUUCGGCGUGCUGGUCACCAUGCAAAGCCCUGUGUUGACAUUCGCAAGUCUUGUCAUCAAGAGCCUGGGCGCGGAUAAGUUUCAGACAAUCCUGUAUACGGCGCCGUCGGGAGCAGUUCAGAUUCUGUUGUUGUGGAUUGGCGUCUUGCUUUGCUAUUUGGUACCCAACAAUCGCACGGUGGUUGCUUUUUGUCUUUGCAUUCCCCCUUUGGUGGGUAAUGUGUUGUUGAUGAAGUUGACGGUUUCUGCGGGAUGGGGUUUGAUUGUUGCCUCCUGGCUGUCAUCCUGUAUCUCAGCACCCUGGUCCAUCCUCCUCUCCCUCGCCGCCUCCAACUCUAAGGGAAACACAAAACGCGCCAUUGUCAAUGCCAUGUUCUUCAUCGGCUACUGCGCCGGCUGCAUUGCUGCACCUCAGCUCUGGACUCAUGGACCCCGGUACUUUUCCGGCGUGGUGACUUCUAUUGUGACCUGGUGUCUUUUGGCUACCGUUGUACUAGCUUACUGGUACGUGUGUUGGAAAGACAAUAAAAGCAGAGAUGCAGAGAAGCUCGAGCGGACUGAUUCCUCCGAGGAUGGAAUGGCUUUGGAUGAGAAUGGGUUGCCGGUUGGCGACAUGACGGAUAAGGAGGACCGGCAUUUUAGAUAUAGCUACUAA